AUGGGAGAUACAAAGAGAAAGCGAGAGAAAAAUCCCAAUAAUCGAUCGACUGAAAACCUAGAUUUGCAAACUGACAUGGAGGACGAUGUCUUAUUCGCAAGUAAUGUUGGUACUUCACAUACUCACGCCGGACGGCGGUGCCGUCCACGGAAAUCUCAUCACAAAGCUGACAAGUCCGGUAAAAAACUAAAGAAGGCCAGUUCAAGUCUUCAGAGUUUGGUUUCAGAGUACUUGCAAAUGGAAGAUGAUGAUAUAUGGGAAAAUGAUGUGUCGAGGGCUGUUCCUUCCUUGGAUGCUGUUGUGAAGGUCUUCUGUACUCAUACUGAACCUAACUUUUCAUUGCCAUGGCAAAAAAACCGGCAAGAUAGUUCAAACAGUACAGGUUUUGUGAUCAGAGGAAGAAGGGUGUUAACGAACGCUCAUUCCGUUGAGCAUCACACGCAGGUGAAGUUGAAGAAACGUGGUUCAGAUAUAAAGUAUGUGGCUACUGUGCUAGCUAUUGGAAAUGAAUGCGAUAUUGCUAUGCUUACAGUUGAUAAUGAUAAAUUUUGGGAAGGGUUAUCCCCUGUACAAUUUGGGGACUUGCCUGCACUCCAAGAUGCAGUGACAGUUGUGGGAUACCCAAUUGGUGGGGAUACUAUCUCUGUGACAAGUGGUGUGGUAUCCCGAAUUGAGAUCCUGUCUUAUGAUCAGGGAUCAAUGGAACUUCUGGGCUUGCAGAUAGAUGCUGCAAUAAAUUUAGGAAAUUCGGGAGGACCAGCUCUCGAUGAUAAAGGCAAUUGUGUUGGUAUUGCAUUUCAAUCACUUAAGGAAGACGAUGCGGAGAAUAUUGGCUAUGUUAUUCCCAUGCCAGUUAUUAUGCAUUUCAUUCAAGAUUAUGAGAAGAAUGGAGCAUACACUGGGUUCCCUGUUCUUGGGAUUGAGUUGCAAAUGAUGGAAAACUCAGAUUUGCGCAAGUCAAUGGGGAUGAAGCAUGGCCAGAAGGGUGUGCGCAUAAGAAGACUUGACCCCACAGCUCCAGGAUCAAAGGUCUUAAAGCCAUCCGAUAUUAUUUUAAGCUUUGAUGGGGUUAAUAUUGCGAAUGAUGGGACAGUCCCUUUCAGGCAUGGUGAGCGCAUUGGUUUUAGCUAUUUGGUUUCCCAAAAAUAUGUUGGAGAUGUCGCAAAACUCAAAGUCCUUCGCAACUCUGAAACUCUUGAAUUUGAUAUCAUGCUUAUGAGUCACAGAAGACUAAUUCCAGCUCACUGUAAUGGCAAACCUCCAUCCUAUUAUAUUGUCGCGGGUCUUGUUUUCACCAAUGUGACUGUACCCUAUCUUCUCUCUGAGUAUACUGAAGAAUUUGAACAUGAUGCUCCUAUACAACUGUUGGACAAACUAUUGCAUGCAAUGCCAAAAUCAGAAAAUGAGCAGUUAAUUGUGAUCUCUCAGGUUCUUGUGGCUGAUAUUAAUAUUGGAUAUGAGACAAUAGAAAAUGAGCAGGUUGUUUCUUUUAAUGGUAAGCCUGUUAAGAAUCUAAAGAGUUUGGCCACCAUGGUUGAGAACUGCAAGGACAAGUUUCUAAAGUUUGAUUUAGAAUAUGACCAUAUAGUUGUGCUUAGAACUAAAUCUGCGAAAGCAGCCACCCCAGACAUCCUUAAAACUCAUGGUAUAGCUUCUGCAAUGUCGGCUGACCUUAAGAUCGAGAUAUCAACUUUCGAAUAA